GCACGACGAAUCCAAUGACGGUAAUUGGCCGAGGGCUUCUCUACCUCCACGAGGACUCGAGGCUGACCUUCAUCCACCACGAUCUCAAGGCGGGCAACAUCUUGCUUGACGCGGACAUGAACCCUAAGAUCUCCGACUUCGGGUUGGCGAAGCUGUUUGACAUCGACUUAAGCGUUGCAAACACGAGCCACAUCGCUGGUACAUACGGAUACAUGGCGCCAGAGUACGCCGUGCGCGGCUCCUUCUCUACCAAGUCAGACGUUUACAGCUACGGCGUGCUCGUCCGGGAGAUCGUCACCGGCCGGCGGCCUUCCGAAAAUCUCAUAAACUUUGUUUGGGGGCACUGGAGGCGCGGCAGCUUGCCGCAGCAGCUGGCCGAGGGGUUCCCGGCCGACGGGCCGGGGCCGCAGGAGAUCCUGAGGUGCGUCCACGUCGGGCUGCUCUGCGUGCAGGAGGACCCGCACCUCCGGCCCAGCAUGGCGUCCGUCGUCGUCAUGCUCAACAGCCGCUCCAUCACGCUGCCGGUUCCCGCCGAGCCGGCGUUCAUGACCCCCGGCGAGCGGCCGAGGCCGCCUGCCGCUCAUGCUCAGGAGCCGUCGAUCAAUGAAUGUUCCGUUUCCGACUUGGAACCUCGUUGAUGUGCCAGCAUGCAUGGAGGAUGACGAUGAUGAAUGAUGAGCCCUGCUUUUCCGAAUGAUGAAAUUACAGGAGCGGAAGGCAUGCAAGUAUGCACGUUUGAACCAUACAAGGUGAUUAGUUGUUUUGUCGGAAAUCUUGAAUCAGGUAUUCAGAUUUUCUUUUGUUUUUUUUUUGUUGUUUAAGGGUUUCACCCCUCUCGAUCCCUGCCCCCUGCUUGCUGUUCAUGUAAUCCUUCUGUAAACGCUUCCUCGUUGCUCGAUAUGUUCAGGGUGACCGCCAAUAUGGGU